AUUGAAAGUUUGAUCUUGAUACUAGAAGAACUUACUUGAUAUUGCUUUUGAAUCUUCAAACAUGAUUGAAAUCGGCAUAUUGAUAUUGGCGACUAUAGCCAAGGGAGUGCUGGUCACAAGCAAAAGAGACAAGAAUGUGAAUGAUAAAGACCUCCAAAAAUGCCAUCCACCUAUGUAUCCAACAAAUGACACGAACAUGAAUCUCAUCCUACAUCAAAGUGCCAGCUCAAAAUUGAAAGUUGCUGCUCCAGAAAAGGGACUACUAUGGACACUUGAGGGACAAGAUAGAGGAAUACAUAAUAGAUGUACCCCCAAGAAAGUAUGUACCUGGUACGAGAUCUGUAUAGAGUUUGAGGGAGACAAUGCAAUUGAAUGAAAAAAGGACAGUUAUUUAAUAUCAUGGACAUAAAAAGGAUGGUAACAUACUGUUACAUCAGAAAGAAAGGAUGGUAAUAUAUUGUUACAUCUGAGAGAAAGGACUUUAUAAUUAUAUAUACUAUUUAAUACUAUGUUCAUAAAAAAUAAUGAGA